AUGGAGAUGGAGCGCGUGACGGAGUUGACGAUAGAUCGGCGGCCAAGGAAGAGGCCUAGAUUAGGCUGGGAAGCCGUGUCUCAGGCCCCUAAGGCUCAGCUAGGAUUGUUUUAUGUUCAAGAGAUUGGGAAUGUGACGAGCUAUGCACCUUCAAGAGCAUCAUCAGACCAUCCCAGUUCUCUGUUUGUUAAGGGCCUUGCUCGAAAUGGUUCUGCCCCUUGGCGAGAAGAUGACAAAGAUGGCCAUUAUGUAUUUGAGCUGGGAGAAAAUAUAACUUCCCGCUAUAAAAUUCAUAGCAAGAUGGGUGAAGGCACCUUUGGCCAGGUUUUGGAGUGUUGGGAUAGGGAAAGAAAGGAAAUGGUUGCCAUUAAAAUUGUCCGUGGUGUCAAGAAGUAUCGUGAUGCCGCCAUGAUUGAGGUUGAUGUGCUCCAACAGCUUGGAAAGCAUGACAAAGGUGGUAAUCGUUGUGUACAAAUACGGAACUGGUUUGACUAUCGUAACCAUAUCUGUAUUGUGUUUGAGAAGCUUGGACCAAGCUUAUACGAUUUCCUACGCAAAAACAAUUAUCGCUCAUUUCCCAUUGAUCUUGUCCGUGAGAUUGGCAGACAACUUUUGGAAUGUGUGGCAUUUAUGCAUGACUUACACCUCAUCCAUACUGAUCUGAAGCCUGAGAAUAUUCUAUUAGUUACGCCGGAGUACAUUAAAGUUCCUGAUUACAAGGGUUUGUCAAGGUCUCCAAAGGAUGGUUCAUACUACAAGAGAAUUCCCAAGUCUAGUGCUAUAAAGGUAAUUGAUUUUGGUAGCACAACUUAUGAAAAGAAGGAUCAGACAUACAUUGUAUCAACCCGACACUACCGAGCACCGGAAGUUAUUUUAGGACUGGGAUGGAGUUACCCUUGUGACAUAUGGAGUGUUGGGUGUAUCUUGGUUGAACUUUGCUCGGGGGAAGCAUUGUUCCAAACACACGAGAAUUUGGAACACCUUGCCAUGAUGGAGAGAGUCCUCGGACCUAUGCCCCAAAACAUGUUAAAGAGAGCAGGCCGAUCUGCUGAGAAAUAUGUUCGAAGGGGUAAAUUAGACUGGCCAGAAGGUGCCACGUCUAGGGAUAGUAUCAAAGCAGUUUUGAAGUUGCAUCGCCUUCAGAACCUGAUCAUGCAACAUGUAGAUCAUUCAGCGGGAGAUCUUAUACAUCUAGUACAAGGACUUCUUAGAUAUGAUCCUUCAGAUAGGUUGUCGGCUCGUGAGGCCCUCAGACACCCCUUCUUCACCAGGGACCAUCUAAGAAGAUGA